AUGAUAAAAGAGCAGUCAUCUUCAACAAGUUUUCAAAUUAAUAAAGCUCUUCAGGAGAUUGAUAAUAAGAACUCAGAAAUAGGCAACACAAUGAGUGACUUUCGAAUAAUCAAUGAACUGGGCAGAGGAUCAUACGGGACUGUCUACAAAGUCACCUCUUUAAAGAAUAAUCAGACAGUUGUGCUCAAGAAAAUCUCACUUAAACAUAUGAAACCCAAGUAACAACAAGCUGCUCUUAAGGAAGUUCAAAUCCUCAAGUUUCUCGAUCACCCUCACAUCAUCAAGUAUUCGCUUUUAUUGAGUUACCAUUAGUUUAGAUAUUUUACAUCAUUUAUGGAAGACGAGAGUAUACAUAUAGUGAUGGAGUAUGCUGAAAAAGGCGAUUUAUACAAGCUAUUGAAAGAACAAAGAACAAGAAGGAAAUACUUUUCAGAGAAAGACAUUUGGGACUUCUCUUAUUAAAUUUGCUUGGCAGUUGAGUAUCUGCAUCUGAAGAACAUUAUUCACAGAGACAUAAAGUGCUUGAACAUUUUCUUAUCUGAUGACAAGAGCAUUAAGAUAGGAGACUUAGGGGUUUCUAAAAUAGUUUCAUCUGCCGCUGCAUUAUAGGACACUAGAGUGGGCACACCUUUGUAUUUAUCCCCUGAACUAGUGAAAUAGCAGCCUUAUGAUUUUAAAGUUGAUGUAUGGGCAGUAGGCUGUGCAAUUUAUCAUCUUGCAUGCUUAGAGCCACCUUUCCAGGGUGAUAACUUGAUUACUCUUGGAAACAACAUUGUUAAUAAAAAGCAUAAACAAUUGCCCCAGAUAUACUCAAAUAAGCUAUCUAAUUUCAUUGACAGAUUUCUAGCUAAGAAAGCCUCUGAAAGACCAAGUGCGAGAGAAGCUGUAUAGCUUAUACCUACAUUCGUUAAAAGUGCUAAAGACUUCAAGCUCCCAGCAAGAAGAUAAAUUGAUGACUAGGCUUUUCUAGUUAAGAAAACAAUUGAAACACAGAAUGUUAAAGUUGAAAAUAACCUUUCAUUGCUAAAUUUACAGAAAAUUGGCAACAAUAAUUUGAUUGAGUAAAAAGAUAAAAUCUUAAAGAAAAAUAAAGAAAUAAUAGACAAGAAAACUCCAAAAGAAUUUAGAGAAAUCAAGUCCGAUAGGAUACUUAAUGAGAUAGUUAGUUAGCAAAAAUAAGAUAACAACAGUGAAUAAUAAAUCAACAACAUUGUGAAAUCCUAAAGUUAGGAUAAAAUAUCAACGCCUAAAUUAUCUGCACCCUUGAUGCAGCAAAAGAAUUCAUAAUUAAAUCUACCCUAAAUCGAUUGGUACAGUUAGUAAAAUCCUAGAUAUCAAAAUAACAUUGACCGCAUUGAAUAAACUAGAGAUCUCAAGAUUCCACUCAAAAAUUCAUAAUCAUCUAGAUUUUCAAACCAUAUUAGUAGCUAAGUUGCUCUAUAAAGUACUAAUGAAGAUACUACUAAAGCUCCUAGCAAAUCAGGUGUGCAAUUUAAGAUAGAUAAUAGCGGAAAUAGUCCUCCCAAAAUUGUUAAUCAUCAUGAAAGAACCAGCUCUAGGACAUUUGAAAAUAAUUAUCCCAUCAUCUAAUAGAUUUAAAGUAAAUAAAAUUAGCAAUAAGCAGAUCAAGGUAUAUAAAAAGGGGAGUAUGAUCUUGAAGGAAAGAGUUCUUAAGUGUAAUAGCAAUAAUAGAAUACUGAAAACUAAAAUGAUAAACAAAAGCAGUAGAUGUAUAUGAAUAAUAUUGGUAGAGAAAUGCCUUAUCUGGCAAGACCUUAAACUGCCUCAGCAUCUAAUAACUAUAUCUACAGAAGAACUAAUCAGUAAUAAAGCUCUUAAGGUAGUGUUUCCUUGAAGCCAGGAAUUAGUAUGCUUAGAAAUAUUGCAAACAAGAAUUCACAAGAAGAUUUAAUACAAUAAAUGUAGGAAUAGCAGCAAAAUAACCAAUACAGGCCGAUCUCUGCAGCGAUUCCAUAAAUAUAAGGUAUUCAAAAAAGAAAGAAUGUGGUAUUCGAAGAUGAUGUAAAGCAACAAGAUCAGUCUGAAAUAGAAAUUAUCAACGAUGACGAAGAGGGUCAAGAUAAUGACUACAAUUAAUUCAAUAAUUUGAAUGAGAAUUUCAAAAGGUAAAGCAUCCUAUAAAGGCCAUAGACAUUUGUUGCUAAGGAUACUUCCAGCCAGCCUAGAAUGAGUUAGAAUUUCAGACCAAGCACAGCCAUUAUUCCUGCAAGAAGCAACUCCUAAUAGAAUCAAAUUAAGCCAAACAUUAUUAGAGCGUCUUAUGAAACUAGUUCUACUAAGAUUUAGUAAAAACCAACAAGUGAACCUUUAGACAAGAAAAACAUUGGCUAAUCCACUGAUAGUGUUGUCAAAUCUCGAUAUCAAUCGUAAUCUUAAGUAACUAAUGUCAUUAAAAACGAGUUAAAUAUGCGAAGUUAGCAAGAAUAUGAGAAUUAGUUCAGCAAAUUUUUCAAGACCAAUCUUAAAAAGACCACUGUUCCAGUAAUUGGAGGCAGUGUUAAUGGGUUAGCAAAAUAAAUAACAAACAGUCAUUAAAAAUCUGUGAUAAAUGACAAUGAACUAAAAUAAAAAAUAAAAAACUACUAGACUUCAAGUGUACAGUCACUAAUACUAUAAUCUCAGCAAGACAAUAUCAUAUAUAACAGUGUAGAAAAGGGGGAGGCCAACAACAAUAAUAUUGGAUAGAGACUAUAUUCACAUCCUACAUAAUCACAGCAAUCUCAUGAAGAUUAUAGAUCCUCUCCCAAAGAAAAUCAGCAAAUAUUUGAUAAGAAGAAGUAUAAUUUUCCUUAAAGAAGUAGAUAAUAGAAAAAAAUAACUAUCAGAGACUUGGAUCCUAUGCAAAAUUCAAACUUGCAAUCUAAAAUAUUGUAAGGUGUACAGUAAUGA